UUCAUCUAUAUGAAGGAAAAAUAUUGUAUAUAACAAAUUUCAGGCUUUGAAGUAACAGACUUGAAGGAAUAGUUAAAACUUUUGGGAAACGUGCCUUUUUGCUUUCUUUGAGAGUUAGAUGAGAAGAUGAAUCGAUCGCAUGUCUGUGUGUUGAGUGUGAAGAACUGGAGGAAAUUAGCGUAGCUUAGCAUGAAGACUGGAAAUAGGGGGAAAAGGCUAGCCUGGCUCUCUCCAAAGUCAAAAUCAGACAAACGAAACAAAACAACAUGUAGUUUGUUCCAUUUGUGCACAAACAGAAAUGUAAAUAUGAAAUAUAAAUUUAGUGGUUUUAGGGGGAGUUACAUAUUGUGACCAUUUCUUGACCAACAACAGUUUAUCAAUCAGUCCAGCAGUUCUGUGCAGUCUCCAGCCACGGUGCAGGUUUCCUGAUCCGUGAUCUGUUGUUUGUCAAGAAAAUAAUUUGUUUGUGUACAGAUUAAACAUACAAGAUACAACACAUGGUAAUUAGUGAGUUUUAGAGGUGCUUGUAGGUGUAUUUUGGAACAUUGGAAAAAGCCAGACGAGCUGUUUCCCCUGCUUCCAGUCUUCAUGCUAAGCUAAGCUAAUCACCUCUUGGGUCAAGAGGCGAUUAUUGAUCUUUUCAUCUAACUGUUGGAGAAAGGAAGACAAAUAAGCCCAUUUCCCAAAAUAAUGAACUAUUUCUUUAAGAAAUUCAGGAAAACAGGGUAAAUAUUUCUUUUUCAUUAGGUUGUGACCUUGGUAAAGGUCAUAUUGUCCAACCACUCAUCAUUUUAGCCAUUCAAAUUCAUAGAAAAGGUUUUGAAAUAAGAGAGAAAUUGUUAAAAUCCUUGCUUGUUUGGCAGGUAUCACUCAAGUACUUUGAGUAAAUGUAUCUCAGCUGUACUUUUCAUGCUGGGCAGGUAAACUGAAGUCAGUCUUUCCAUAAAACGUGUAGUGAAAUACAAUGACCUGCCUUAAUGCGCUUUGGUAAGGCAGUGAACAAAUAACUCCAAUUAAAUUGGAUUUGUAUUACAGGCUUAUUACAACUACUGCUGCUGCAAAAACAAAGUCGUGUUCAAUGGGCUGAGAAGAGCAGAGAGAGCGCUCUAAAUCUCCUUGUUGUUUUAUGGUUUUCUUCCACGGGGAUCAUGGGAAAAAUCCAAUUUGCCCAUUAAUCUCAUCUGGUCAGGGUCUCCGGACCUCCAGAUUCACCCAGGCCAGAUCAAAGAUGGAGGAAAUGCCGUGUGACAGUGGUACAGAUUUCCCCGAGAGACUUCAAAAAGACUGUGAUAGAUAAUCCAAUUGAAAUGGACACAUCACCUUUAGGUGCUGCUUUGGGAGAAUCGGUGCGUAAUUUUCCUUUCCUUUUUUUUUUUUCAACCACCAUUCCUGAGUUGUUAGUUAGACUGAGUGGUGGUUUAUAUAAGGCUGUAAAAUAACAAUGCGUCAUCAGAAAUAUUUGGCAUCAGAGUGACAGUAGGGUAUGGCACUUGGUUUCAAGAAGAUCUAAAUUCAUUAAGAAGAUAAAGGCCUUAAUGAACAGGAAAGUUGCCGAAUGUGUAAAAUACAAAAGUAAAUGUCCAGGUAUGUGGGAUAUAUUUGGUGAUUGUUUAAUUAUGUAUCAUAUCACCAAAAAAAAUACCAGUCUCAGCGUCUAAUGACCUACGGAUCCACCGGAGUCCUGACAAAUUCUACAUAUUUUUGCGCAAGAAAUGGAUUUUUACGCACAUGUCUUUUGUGCACAACAUUAAUUUGUGCGUAAAAGUUAUAAAGAUAAAUCCUGUCACUUUUCGGGACUACACAGCUGACAAUAAAUAUGGACCAUUUCCUUCCAAAAAAUUUGAAUCUUAGCGGGGUUGUGCGGUUUUUCUGGUGACUGACAUUGCCUGAGCUGGGUGAAUCCUCCCACAGCCGGCUCAUUCCCUGAACGCGUCGGUGCAGUUUGAGUGAAGAGCCCCAUCAGCUUGGACCACAUCUCAAGAGCUGCGGAGCUCCGGUCUGGACGCGGGCCAAGCCUGUCUGGUGUCAAACCAGCCUGAACAGAUACUCUCAGACAUCUCAUUUCUUCACCUCAUUCCUGAGAUGGGACUCUGCCCACCCCUUGUGUAAAGCAAUUUAAACCUGAUAGCACAUCAUCUGCCUAUCUCCACUGAAAAUCUUUGCUGGACUAUUAGACAGUCGGUCUUUACUUUUUCCUCAUAAGCACUUUGCCACCGUGCAGAACCCGAGCCUGUCAUGGCUUUUACGCGCAAACCUCCGUCUGCUAACUGUCUCGUGAUGAUAUAUUUUUUAAUCUAAACUUUUAUUUGGAGAAUCAAAUUCUGACUUAUCUGUUCUUCUGAUUUAUUUAAUUUUUUUUUUCAUCCGUGGAAAUGCUCCGUCCAGAUCCAUAAAGGACUUAAGUUUGGUUAAUAUGAACUUAUUGCCAAGUGGAAUAUGUUUUUAUUUAUCUGUAGCAAUCUGCUGGCUGACGGCCGAGGUCGAUGCGUCUUGGUGGUACAUGGGCACCCUGGGAUCCCAGGUGAUGUGCGACAACAUCCCUGGUCUGGUGAACAAGCAGCGCCAGCUGUGCCGCCAGCAUCCCAAAGUGAUGCAGGCCAUCGGGGCCGGGAUGAAGGACUGGAUCUCCGAGUGCCAGCACCAGUUCCGCAACCACCGCUGGAACUGCAACACCACGGCCAGAGACCACAACCUGUUUGGACGCCUGCUGCUACGCAGCAGCCGCGAAGUGGCCUUCGUCUACGCCAUCUCCUCAGCCGGAGUGGUUUACACGCUGGCACGAGCCUGCAGCCAAGGCGAACUGGACUCCUGCUCGUGCGAUCCCACUAAGAAGGGCUCGUCACGGGACGCCAAGGGCUCCUUCGACUGGGGUGGCUGCAGUGACCACGUGGAGCACGCCAUGCGCUUCAGCCAGGCCUUCGUGGAUGCCAAAGAGAGGAAGGAGAGGGACGCCCGGGCGCUCAUGAACCUGCACAACAACCGAGCCGGCAGGAAGGCGGUGAAGCGCUUCAUGACUCUAGAGUGUAAAUGUCACGGUGUGAGCGGGUCGUGCAGCGUCAGGACCUGCUGGCUGGCCAUGGCCGACUUCAGACGCACCGGCGAGCACCUUCGCAAGAGGUACAACGGUGCGGUGCAGGUCGCCGUUAACCAGUACGGCACCGGGUUCACUGCUGCGCACUCACACUUCAAACGACCUAGCAAGAACGACCUGGUGUACUUGGAGGACUCGCCAGACUACUGCAUACGCGACCACGAGUCAGGGUCGAUGGGGACGGGCGGGCGGGUGUGUAACCGGACGUCUCGCGGCGUGGACGGAUGCGAGGUGAUGUGCUGCGGUCGAGGUUACGACACGUCGCGGGUCAGCCGGACCACCAAGUGCGAAUGCAAGUUCCACUGGUGCUGCGCCGUGCACUGCCGCGACUGCCACCAGCAGGUCGACGUGCACACCUGUAAGGGCCAGACGUGACAUCACCGCGCACCGCCAACCGACCGACCGCUCAACGUUUAAACCAGCGGUUACGCUGCGUGACAAAACUACUGCUUCUGUACUGGUUCUCAACUGGUCUGUACAUGUUUACCAUCAGUCCACCGAGCUGUAAGUGAUGAUCUAAAGGAUGUUUCAACUCCGUCUUUGGUGCUAAUCACCUGUUACUUCAGCAACUGUCCUUCCCAAAGAUCACCUGUCAAUCUGACAGUACGUAGUCGGGUUUGUUGUUGAAGUUUCUGUAGGAAGUGCUCCUUUCUUUGUUCGGCCAUGUUGUCUCUUUACUGCUUGUGUUAAGUGCUCAGCUGCUCUUCUUCCUUUUAUUCCAAACAACAGAAGAAGGUAAAAACACAUCACUCGCGCUCUUGAAAUAGCUUCCAGACUUCAGAUUAUUAGAGCAGAAAAUAUAGAAGCUUUCAUCAGCUGGUUUUAGGUUAAAUAAUUAACAGUAGUGAGCUGUACAUGUAUUUUAAAAAAUAUAUCAAUCAACACACAAACUAAUUCAUACAAACGUCUAUUUUCUACACAGAAACCUGGUUUUUAAAAAGGCAGACGGGCUCAGUGAGAUUAUAAAAGUUCCCUCCGGAUGAGAUUUCCUUUCAUUUUUUUUAUCUUAAAACCCACUUCAGACUCCUGCUGAACUCACCCCACCAAAAAUAAUCUGGUGAACUACUGCUAAUCUGACAGGAGAUACACUGAUAAAGUAUCUUAAUUUAUCUAAUCUGUUGUACUGUCGUCAAAUCUGUCAGCAGAGAGAAAGAUCUUGCCUUGUAUCCAGUGCAGCGUGAGAGUUUCAUACCGUUAAAACAGUUGAAUGAAAAGCAGAAGUUAAACUCAUAACAGAUUGUAAAUCUAGUCGGACAUCAUUGGUUUGGCAGAUUUUCAGCUUGUUUUGUUGACUGUAGGGGGUUUUCCACUUAUAACGGCACCUUCCAUAAAUCCUAAAUUCAUUUCACCUGUCUACCAAGCUUUUUUUUCCCAGCAACCUGUUCACAAACAUCAAGUUCUCUGAUAUCGUGCGACAUAUGUUUUCAAUUUCACAGCGUGACAUGAUUUGAACUCCUCACGAAAGCGAAUAGAUUAGUUUUUUUUGUCACGUCGGGGUCUGAAGAAGCAGAAUUUUUUUUGCACACCUGCAGUUAAACAGGUGCGUCGGAGAAAAGACGGUGUGCAGACAAUAAUAGAACAAAGAACUCCUGCACGCUGUCUUCUGUGCUCGCAAUUAAAGGAGGUUUAUUGGGAACGUUUCGGUGCACAGACUGGAAAUCUGAUCGGAAAUCACCUGAUGAAAGUCUGUGUACUGAAACGUUCCCAAUAAGUAAUUCUCAUUGCAAGUACAGAAGAAAAAUAUAUAUAUAUAUAUUUUUGGCAGGCAUAAAAGUAAUUAUUUUCUUCAUAACUUCUGCUUCUCAGUAAUUUACAAGUAAAUUGGAUCAUCGCUUUUAUCUCAUGAAACCGGCUUUUAACGUAUAAACUAAUUUUCACGUUCAGUGGGCUUCAGGUUCUCCACAAGGGGGAGCUGUUCAGUCAGUUCGAACUGCAGGUGUGGACUCGAUGGUGUCGCCUCCUACAGGCAGAAAAAAGUAGCUUCAACACUUGUUAGAAUUACAGGCAAUUAGUGUUGAAUAACGGGGGGAUUUUGUAGCCGUGCUAGCAGCUUGACUCAAGUUAUGGCAAAAUCAGUCGGUCUGAAAUAUCUCAACAACUAUUGGAUGGAUUUGCCAUCAUGCAGCCAGUAUAAACAGCUGUUUAUGUUACAAACAGACCUGAGAUGAUUACUGACAAACCGGGGGAGUGUGUUAAUUAAAGAAAGGCUCAUAUGUUCAGAGUAAACGUUUCUUUCUCAAUUAACAAUAAAAUAACCUGCACUCAGCAGAUAAUAGAAAUCUAUAUGUUUAUGGGUUAGAAGGGGUUAAAACUAUAAAACUCACCUGCAGGUGGCACAAGUGUUAAAAUUUCACCAGCUGUAGGAGACACGAACGUGUCAGCGGCUCGUUUGUUGUCGACGCUGCAGCUGCUUUUACUUACCUGUAGGUGGCGCAGGUCGCUCUGCAGUCGGGUGACAUCAGUUGCAGCUGGUUUUAAAUCCACUUGUCUUCUAAACUGUCGCUGUAAAUUAAAAGCUUCUAAAUUAACUAACAGAGUUAAAGUCGGUAAAUUUGGACGUUGUGACCCUUUAAAUUUCCAGCUUUGCAUUUUAAAAUCUGCUCGUCACACAUGCAAACAAUCAGAGCGAUGGCUUCAGAUUCACUGGUUAAUUGUCGCUUCCUUAAUCAGCACAUUAUUAUGUCUGAGUUAUGUAAGAGUUAGACAUUUAGUUCACACUCAUUUCAAGUUAAACACCCACUUUUCACCAGUACAAACUACUGUUCUGUCUCAUCCGAAGGUGUAAAUCCUCUGUUAUUCAUCCUGUCAUUUCAUUGUAUUUAUUUACUCUCAAGUGUGUAAAAAUGUCUGAAGUGUAUUUGUGAAGAGACGAGUGUUUCAGGAUAACCUGAGUCUGUAAGUUGCACCUGAACGAUCUGACGUAAAAACACGACCUGAACAUCUGCACUCAGAAAUAAAUGACUUCACUAAAACCACCGUGCAUCAAUAUUUAAAACACACACACAAAAAAAGUCACAUUGGUUGUUUUUAACACUCUGCAGAGUUCAGAAUAUGCAUUAAACCAGAGAGGGGUUUGUUUGUUUGUUUGUUUGUUUAUGUAAAUAUGUGGUUGUGUAAAUUAAAAAAUCAGAUGUAUAGUGUAUUAACUGUGUAACCGAUAAUUAACACACUUCAUUUCCUCCCGCUGUGCCAGCCAAUCACAGAACCGCAUUUACUGUAGACGACCUUAAGCGGCUCAUCACUAAUCACAGCGGGUACACAAACAAGUUUAGCAUCUGUUUAAAGUCAAAUCAGGUUUAUUACAACUUGAGUCUUAUUUUUUUUUGUUCUUUUCAGUAAUAAUAACGUUGUUCUCACCGAGUUAAUUUCAUGGAAAAGCUGAAAACAUCACCUAACUGCUCGUGUUUGUUGCAGCGUCGUGUUUACAUGAACUAUUAACCUGGUGAGAACAGAUUACUGUAGGAAUGAUGGUCGAAACCACGUAAAUAAGACACAAGUUAUAAUAAUCCAGUUAAGUAUUUCUUUUACUACAAAUCAUAUAUACUUCACUUUUUUGUGUGUGUAUGGAGGCUGUAAGUUUUAGAUUUAUGGAUGUAUUUAAGCAACUGUCCGGGCUGCUUUCAUUCAUUUCUGUACAGCAUGAAAACAUCAAGUCUGCUUUUAUUUGUUCCACUUAUUUGAUGGCGUAAUUAUUAGAGCUGCAACAAUUAGUCAGUUGAUUGGUUGAUGGACAGAAAGUUAAUCUGCAAUUAUUCUGAUAAUCAAAUGCAUUUUUUAAGCAAAUAUGCCAAACAUUUGUUGGGUUUAGCUUCUCAAAUGUGCCGAUUUGAUGCUUUUAUUUCUCAUACGUGAUCGUAAACUGAAUAUAUUUUGGUUGUGACUGUUGUUCGGACCAAAUAAGAACCGUAAAUCUUGACUUUUGGAAAUUAUAACAGGCAUUUUCACUAUUUUCUGACAUUUUACGGACAACAAUUAAUCGAGAAAACAAUCGUUAGUUGCAGCCCAGAUAAUGAUGAUGUCCUUUAACUGCAGAUAUAUUUGAAAAGUCUAUAGUGUGAUACAUCACAACAAUAAAGCAGCUUUGACAAAAAUAAACGCAGACUUGAUGUUCAAUAUGAUGGAUUACACAACUCAAGUUAAAAAAAAAUGUGUAUGGAGAUGAGUAGAAACUGAUGGAUCAUAACAGCAGGAAAAUGUUGAGAAGUGUACAUGUUUUGUAGUAAACAAAACCCACUGGUAUGCUCCUUUUUAAAGAAAUCAUAAUAUAAUAAUCAGUGGAGAUUUUUAAUAAAGUAGUUGCUGUUUCCGUCAGCAUCAGUUUAAUGAAGCAUUAAAUCAGCAUCUGGAAAAACUUCUUCUUCUACCUGUGGAUCGAGACGUUAGUUUGAGGAUGAAAACACAAGUGAGGAGUUCAAAUAAUUCCUCCUCAGAUAAACAAUAAAAACCUACCGGGUUGUGUUUUGUGGUUUAAAAACAAGAACAACAACAAAAAAAAACCCAACCAGUGUUUGAA